UUGAAUGACAUGUUUUUACAUGUUCUGCAUAAAAAUGGUCCAUGAUCAAUACAUGGUUUAAAGUCCUUAAUUUGUAUACCCGGAAGUUAACUAAGUAAUAAUUCGCCGUAUUUGUCAUCUGAAAUCCUAUUAACAAAAGAAGACAGAGUCAGAAUAAAAAUCAAAAUGGCCAGAAGACUAGUAAGGUGCACAUCGGCGGGAAACCUACUGGACGCAGACGACACAGAGCCAGCGUCACUACAAGCUGGCGAACAGGAUAUGCAGAACAGCUUUCUGCCAGGUUUACUGGGAAGAAGAAAAUUACAAUUACCAGAAACCCCUACAAAGUCCCAGGAAUGUAAAGCAAGAAUAGGCCGGGUGACGGUCAAGUUGAAGAAGGGCUUAGUUUACGACGAAGAGGUUGAUGCCAUAGUUAAUAGUACGUCACAGACGUUAACGCUUGGUGCAGGUAACGCCUCCCGGGCAAUGCUACAGAAAGCAGGAUCUUCCAUUCAGGAUGAAUGUAACAGGAAGUAUCCGAAAGGAAUUCAGUUCGGAGAAGUAGCGGAGACAGGUGGGGGAAACUUGUACUGUGGGUACAUCUUUCAUGGCUGUCUGAAAUACUGGACAACGGAAGAAAGUAAUGAUGUUGAACAGAUCUUAACAGAUUUUGUGACGUUGUGUCUUGAGAGAGGUGAUGAACUACAUAUAAAUUCAAUGGCUAUUCCCGCUUUAGGGACUGGAUUCCUGAAUUUCCCCGCCAAAAAUGUCGUGCGACGUUUAGUCCAGUGCGUUAAAGAUUUCGAAAUGUCGCAUAAAUCAACUAGUUUAACAGAAAUACGUUUUGUGAUAUUUCCAAAAGAUACGAAAACUUUUGAAGAAUUUGAAAACGAAUUCAAUCGUUAUUCUUAUUCUAUACUCUAUAAACCAGGUUCAAAAGGAAAUUUUCCAACGAAACCAAAAGAUGUUGAGUGCUCUCUAGAUAGCCUUAUGAUAAAACUUGUUGCUGGCACCCUUGUAAAUCAAAAGGUAGAUGUCAUUGUCGGUACAGUCCCUCAAUUAAAAGAACCAGGUACAAAUCAGACCUCCAAAGAAAUCACUCGAGCUGCUGGUUCAGGACUAGAGGCGGAAUUUGCCGAGAAAUAUCCAACGGGCAUCGAUAUCGGUGACGUCAUAUCUACAGAUAGCCACGCCAUCAGAAAUGUCGAGACCGUGUAUUUUGGGGCCCUACCAACAUAUGCUGCAAGAGAACGAGAUCAGAAUUUGCAGGCAUUGACAUUACUAGUUCAGAUGUGUCUGGAUAAAUUGGAAGAAGAUGGCCACAAAACAGUUGCCAUUCCUACUCUAGGUGUCGGAGAUUUCAAAUAUCCCGUCAGGAUGUCGGCCGCUACAAUCCUUUCCGCCAUCAAAGACUUUUGUAGAGCCAAUCAGGGCUCUGAUAUUAAUACCAUAAUCAUAGUGGUAGAUAUCGCCGACUACGAUUUCUCAAAUAUAUGGAAGGUGUUCGAAGCAGAAGUCGUUAAGAUAACUCCUCCGAAGAUGAAAAACGCAGCUCCCAUAAUAAUACCAAAGCCGCCACCGACCAGAGGGUCACGUGACUGGUUCUCGUUGAUGUACGAGGAGGAGCUCUGUGUCCCCUCAUACUGGACCACGUACACAGGUGGGGAGAAUAUUAAAGUGUGCAAACGGAAAAGGAACCGCCGACCAUACAGACUGGUUGCUGUUGACGAAGCCACGCGAAAUCUCGUCGUUAAACUCGUGGAAGACACGUGGGAUUAUAGACAUGUGGGCCACGGGAACGACGCUAAAGGCUUAGACCAGCUGAUGUAUCGAAAAAUACGUGUAACCAAGGUAGAGCGUGUAGAAAAUCUAGAUCUGUAUGAGAGCUAUGUCCAAGAGAGGCAGAGGUUUUUUGACAAAGCGAGGACAAGGGGAAGACCGACACCCAUAGCAAAUAUUGCUAAAUCAUCGGGGAACAUUAAAACCAGUACCAUUCUAUCGUCUCACAAGUCUGGGGCUGGUUUUACUUCUGACAUUUAUCCAGAGAUCAAUGAGCAUUUCGUGUUUCACGGCACGCUUGCCGACACAAUGGACUCUGUUUUGACUCAAGGACUGGACUGCAGGAUGUCCCGAGGAACGGCUAUGUUCGGACAGGGUGCAUACGGCGCCGAGAGCUCCACAAAGGCGGACCAGUAUGUUGAUAGGAAAGAAAACAGACAGAAAAUCCCACACCAGAUGUUGCUAGUGCGCAUGUGCCUAGGAGACAUAUGCUUGUACGACCUACCCGUUGCACACAGAAGAGCGCCUUGUAAGCGCUGUAGAAAUGACAACUGCAAGGCUCACAAACCAAAAGACUUUUACGACUCUGUAGUCGGAGAUGGAAAAUGGCUGUUCCGAGAGUUCAUUGUCUACGACAAGCGUCAGGCCUACCCAGAAUAUCUCAUCACUUAUGAACGUGUUUAAUGUUCACUAUUUGUUGUAUUUUGCUGCUUAACUGUUGAUUAAAAAAAACACUUGCCAUUCUUAAACACGCCACCCCUUCCAAGAUUUUUUUCCCUGUCUUUAUAGCUGCAUUUUGAUCUCUUUAGCACCUCAUCAUGCUCUUUGUUGAAUCUCCAUUAUUGUAUAAACACGAGGGCAUGUAUUCCUUUUGUAUACUAUUUUUAGAAUGUUUUUUUUUAAAGAAGAAGAAGAAGAAAAAAGCUUUUCUAUCCUGUUAUUAUUUAUUCUCAGAUUGUUUUGAAUGCGUGUUUUAUAUAAAGUAUGAUUGUACUGACGUUGAUCUGGUUGGAUUGCAAAAGAGGUGGUGUUGAACAAAAUCUGACCUCAAAUAAUACCAGUAAGUGCAAAUGAAUGGGACAAAUGGAUAUAAAAUUAAAAUUAUUAUAGCUUAUGUCACCUCUUACAAUAAGUAACGAAAGAAUUCAAUUUAUAUUAUCUGUAUCGCGCUUGAAAGGGAGGAGGGAGGGCAAAAAAGGUUAUCGUUUUUCUCA